GCUGAAGAAGCCUUUUUUUCUCCAGCACUCUGCUCCUCUGCGUCACACUCACCGCUCUCCAUAACUUUCUUUUUGUAUUUAUUUUCUUUUUCAUAAAUGAAAGGAUGACAUUCCACGCUUCAUCUUGUUGAUCUGUCAAAGUACAUCUACUUAUCUCCUUCCUUAUCAUGCAAACGGAAUUCACAUUUCCCUCACAUUUUCACUAACACCCUCUGCUCUCUCGCGCUUUGUCCCCAAGCUGGGUAUGCAUUGUCUUCAGCCAUGGUUUGGAAGAAACUUGCAUUUCCAGAGCAGUUUUUUUCACCAAGAAGAAAGGUGAUUUCUGGGUUUGGUUUGGGGAUUGGAGUUUCUAUUGUUGUACUUGGUGUACUAUUGUUCAGCAACUCAUUAAAAAGUCCUACAGUGGAACCUUCGAUACAAGGAUUCUAUAGUGUUGGUCUGAAUUCUGGUUCUGUUUCAUGGCCUUUCUCAUUUUCAAGUAGUUCUGGUUCGUCUUUCUCUCAUGGUUCUAGUACUUCAGAAACGCAGGAAUCUAUUGAUUUGGAGCAUAAGAUUGAAGAAGGAAGGGUUCUGAACAGAACCCAUGAAGCAAAUUACUCUGUAGUUGCUGGAAAUCCAAAUUUUGUGGAGCCCAAUGGGAAAGGGACGGUUUUGGAGAAUACCCAUUUUCAAAAUUUUACAGAGGAGGUUAAAGAUCGAAGCUUUGUGAUUGAAGACGAAAAGAAUCAACAGAAAAACAGUGAUAAUGGGUCAUUAAUUCCUGAAAAGGGUAAAGUUUUGAGUUCAAAUGCGGGAGGAACUAUAGUAGAGAUUGCCCAUUUGGGAAACUCCUCUGAGCUUUUGAAAAAUGGAAGCUUGCAUGGUGAAGAGGGGAGGGUGAUUGGGAAUUUUAGCCAUACUGGCAUAGAAGAUGUGCAUGCAGAGAAAACAAUUGAAGGCAGUUUGUCAAAGAAUUCUAGUAAUGAGGAUGAUAAGGUCACAGAAAAUAAGAGGAAGAAAAGCGUUCGGGAGACAUCUAAUCUAGGAAAUUCGAAGGAGAAAAACAAGAUCAUUGACUAUGAUUCUCAACUCAGGAAAAUGCAGACUGAUUCUUAUCAGAAAUGUGAUAUAUUUUUUGGUAAGUGGGUAAGAGAUGAUUCAAAGCCAUAUUAUCCUGGAGGUUCUUGCCCAUACAUUGAUAGGGAUUUUAAUUGUCAACUAAAUGGGAGGCCAGAUAAUGCUUUUAUAAAAUGGAAAUGGCAGCCAAAUGAGUGUGACAUCCCAAGCCUGAAUGCAACCGAUUUUCUGGAGAGGUUGAGGGGAAAGAGGUUGGUGUUUGUGGGGGAUUCAUUGAAUAGGAACAUGUGGGAGUCUCUGGUGUGUAUUCUUCGCAACAGCCUUCGAUACAAGAGAAGAGUUCAUGAGAUUUCGGGAAAGAGUGAAUUUAAAAAGAAGGGCUUUUAUGCAUUCAGAUUUGAGGAUUAUAAUUGUUCAGUGGAUUUUGUUGCUUCUCCAUUCCUUGUUAGGGAAUCAUCGUUUACUGCUCGAAAUGGUUCAUUUGAGACAUUAAGAUUGGAUAUGAUGGACCGGACAACUUCUAUGUAUCAUGAUGCUGAUGUGAUCGUUUUUAACACUGGCCAUUGGUGGACUCAUGAGAAAACAUCUAAAGGGGAAGACUAUUACCAAGAAGGCAACUAUGUGCAUCCCAGACUGAAGGUUCUCGAAGCAUACAAGAGGGCUCUCACCACUUGGGCUAGAUGGGUUGACAAGAACAUUGAUGUCAAGCGGACUCAGGUUUUCUUCAGAGGAUAUUCAGUUACCCAUUUCAGCGGAGGGCAAUGGAACUCAGGUGGGCAGUGCCACAAAGAAGCAGAGCCAAUCUUUAAUGAGACUUUUUUAGGGAAUUACCCUUCAAAGAUGAGAGCUCUAGAGCAUGUACUUCAAGAAAUGAAAACUCCAGUGACAUAUCUAAACAUAAGCAAGCUUACAGAUUACAGAAAAGACGGACACCCUUCCAUUUACAGAAUGAAAUACAAGACAGUAGAAGAACAGAUUACUGCAGAGCAAUCUCAGGAUUGCAGCCAUUGGUGUUUGCCUGGGGUUCCAGAUACUUGGAAUGAAUUGCUAUAUGCUUCUCUUUUGAAGGCCAGAAGGGCAUCGGUGGGAAGCUGAACAAACUUAUACAGAAGCUGUGUCUACCUAAUAAUUUGUUAUUCUUUAACUGUCUCGGCUUAACUUU